GAUGGCCGGCUAGUAUCGAUUGUCCGGCAGCUUCCCGUCUGUGCGUAUGAUGGUUUUUACUAUUUUUUGUAUCUCCUUUUUAGACAGUGCAAAAUAGAGCGCGUAAUGUACAAACACAAUGACUUUCGAAAGGUAUGUCGACCGCAAGGGAACGCGGACCAUCGAGGAAAUGUGAACGCUGCCGUUGCCCGGAGGCGAAGUGUGCUGUGUGGUUCGCUUAUCCCAACCUGGAAGUCAUGGGACACACACACACACAAACUGGAUCGAUACAUCUAAUAAUAUCAACAAAAACAACAAGACCCGUGAACGGGAACCACUUCUCCCGGCGACCGGUUUCCCAAGGGAAUGCAAAACCAGGAAGCGAAACGAUGGGCGGCUGUUAAUUGAAACUUUUGUUCCCGCCACUCCCUUAAGGACUUGCAGGAAAAGUGGAAAACAGCUCGUUUUAGGUUUUGACUAAAGAUGCGCAGCAACUCCACACGUGUCGUCGCCCAGCUUCAUUGCACAUCACAUGAUCCCGAUGCGUUCGGUUGAUAACGCCGCACGGGCUCCUCCAUGCGACAUUGUUGGAGAGUUUGCGGCAUACAGACACACACCCAAACACCCGCUAAAGACGUCAUCAACGGUGGGGUGAUGCGUGGUGUGCAGUCAAAAAAACAACCAAACGCACGUUUCACUUUGCGCGGCUACCACACACCGGUUUGCCGGUUGAGCGAUUUCUAAGCAUCCUAAGGUUGGGUUGGCAAUCGGUUUCAGUUGCUCCGGUCGGUGCUGGUGCUAAUGAAAUGCUUCUUCUUCGUGAGCGAAGGCGCGAAAACGAAGGGGGCACACUGGCCAGCCAGCCAACCAUUUAGCUGAUGAAUAUACUAAUCCAUCCAUCUGUAACGGUUUCCAACGUUGGACAAAUUUCGCUGUGUGUGAACACACACCACGGAGCACACACAACUUCAACGAAACCUUCAGCCAAGGGCGUACUAAACCGACGAGGCGGGGAAGAAGCCUUUCUCACAAGCAAAACGCGGGCGGCAGUUGACUGUUGUUUUGCAGUACGGGGCUGUAGCGAUUUCCAUCCGCUUGUGCAUACAUAUUUAUGUACAACCAGGGGGAGUGAGCUGUCUUCUUUUUUCUGUUCGGUUUUUGUGCAAGUUUCGAACGUUUUCGACCGGACGGCGACACCAGUACGUGCCGUGCUGCAAUAAUUUGGGUCGGCUGGGCACAGUGCGGCGGGACCGGUACACGCCCGGUCUCACGAGGCUGCGGGGUGUUUGUCGCAAAAAGCCCGUCCGUCCAAGCAAACCUCUAACCUUGAAAACUAGGUUGUGACUAAUUGUUGUUGCUUGUCUGCAUUAAAAACCGUCCCGUACAGGUCGGUGGUCGUCCAGUACGGCACGCGAUAUUCUUGCGCGGAGGGAGGCACUUUGAAAAGGCGAUGGGGGGACAGUGAUUGUAUGAUAUGCAAAAGUAAGCUGUUGAACCCAAACCUCUUCUCUGCUGUUCGAAAACUGCUGUGGACGGUCAGGGUCAGCUUUCGUCGUAUGUUUUUAUGCUCACAAGUGGUGGUGGUGGUGGUGGUGAUGUGCCAAUGUGCGUUCGAACCAGUUGGAAGUCAAUUAGCGAAAGUCGUCCACACUAGUGCGUUCUAACCAAUGAUUAUUUGUGUUCAUUGCCAAUGGCGCAGUUGACAAGGGCUCUUAUCAAAGUUUGUUGUGCAGACGAAGUAGUGGGAAGACGAUUGCGGUCACUGGAAAGGAAAGCUAUCCAAUCUCCUUUGUCAUAGAUAAGUGUGUGUUUUGUUUUGUUUUAGUACUAUAAACCAAAAUAACACACACUGAAUGUCCUACUGUUUACGAUUUUGUAUUAAUUUAAUAUUCUCUUUCCUUUACGCGCGCUUGAAACAAUGCCCCCACCCAGCCAGCAGUAAGCAGUUACCUCCACCUAUUGACCUUCUUACACACUGUGGCGGGUGGCGCCACUCACUAAUCUCGUCCGCGAUGACGUGUGUGUGCAGAGGACACGUUCAUUAACAUACGAUGCAUUGGCGCAAUCCUUCAAAGCACCUCCCUCGAAAAGGACACGUCAUACCUUUCCUAUUGAUUUGUUACGUACACACACACACAUGUGUCUAAUAAUUGCCGGUUCCCCGGAUAUGGUGUAGCACGUUCUUCUGCCAUUUAACAAAUACCAUUCGAAACGUGCAUGUUGUGGGUUGGCCACCAGCGACGAUAGACUCUUCUGCUGGGGAACAUUAACAAGCGGAAACAACUUGUGGGAGCAUCGUAAUUAUUCCACGUUCCGCAGGACAAUGAUACGAACAGUGUGCUCUAAACCGGCAUGGCAUCAACGACAGAUAUUCCUCCGGCCGUGGGCAACGCGCCCACCGCUCCCUUGCUAGAGGAUCUCAACGAGGACACGCCCUCCUCCUCAUCGUCCAGCACGGCGACGACGACGACAGACAGUGGCAAACCUUCGACAUCGUACAGCUUCUCCAUGCUCGGUGUGGAUACGGCCAUCCCAGGUAGCAGCAGCGGCAGCAGCAGCAGCAGCAGCAGCAGCAGCACCAGCUACAGCAUCAAACGGCCACAGUCCGGGGACGAUAGCACCCAGUCGGCGGCGGCCGGUGGUAGCAAAACCAAGACACAGCUAGAAAACGACACAGCCGGCGGCGAUGGUGCGGGCGAGGGCGCAUCGACCGGUGCGCCAUCCACCGAGGCCGGCGAGGAGGAGAAAAAGGACGACUCCAUGUUCGAGUGCAACAUCUGUCUCGACACGGCCAAGGACGCGGUGGUCAGCAUGUGCGGGCAUCUGUUCUGCUGGCCGUGCAUUCACCAGUGGAUGAACGGGUACCGCAACACCUGCCCGGUGUGCAAAUCGUCCAUCAGCAAGGAGAAGGUGAUUCCGCUGUACGGGCGCGGCGGCAGCAAGGAGGAUCCGCGCAAAACCGUACCGCCCCGGCCGGCCGGCCAGCGUACCGAGCCGGAGCAGCCGCACGGCUUCCAGAGCUUCACCGGCGACGGCAGCUUCCACAUGUCGUUCGGCAUCGGGGCGUUCCCGUUCGGGUUCUUCACCUCCACGCUGAACUUUGGCGACUUUCGCGGCGCGGGCAAUGUGACGCGCGAGAAUACGCGCGAAUCGGAGGAGGACCAGUUCCUGUCGCAAGUGUUCCUGUACGUGGCGCUCAUCUUUCUGGCCUGGCUGGCCAUGGCCUAGAGAGAUAGAGAGGGGAGGGGGAGGGGAGGGUUGCGAGCGAAUGUUAAAAUUUUCCGAAAUCAAAUGGGACAGAGGGAUAAACACACAAGGGCGGCGAAACAAGUCAGAAACGAGCACGCGCAUACACGCACGUACGCACGUACACACGUAUCACCCCAGGCGUCGAGGAACCGGUGCAAUAGGUGCGGCCGCGUUUAAACACUUUUGUGCGAAUCACCUUAGAGUAUUAACUGAAGAAAGACAGCUUUUUUUGGGGGGGGGACGGUUUUAGUAAAAAAAAACACAAAUUUAACCUCCUCGCGGUCAAAAAUGCUAUUCAUCCUCUUUUUUGGGACAUUCUACAAGCACUGUCGUUUGGGAAGAUGUAAUCACGAGACGACCGGUGCAAUCUACUUUGUGAUAGCCCUUAGAUGGAUCCCAAAUGAUGUUUUUUUUUUUUUCUAGGGAACAGGCGUGCUUUUUAGGGAAAAUAGAACGAUUUUUUCAUCCGAAAACUACAACGGCCAAAAAAAUGUAAUGCCCCCUCCCCCACUCCCCAUGAACCUCAUAAGAGUCAUUUUAUCUAAAAAAAACGAAACUGUAAUUCCUGAUACGUAUGUAUGUGUGUGUGUGCGCGCGCGCGUGUAUGUCAAGUGUUGUCAUUUUUUCUUUGUGCAUAAAGAUGUAUGUAAUUUAUUGAGCGUAGUAAUGUAUAGGAGGUAAAUUGGGGAGAGGAGGGGUGCGCAUAAUGCAUUUUGCGGGUGAAUCUAGAAAGGGCGGCGACGAAGAUUUUGUAAUUAUAUAUAUAUAGAUACUAUGUACGUACGUAUGCUUUAUCCAUCAUUUUUCGUUUAUCGUAUCGUUUCAAAACACUCCCCACUAUUAGCCCUUUUAGCAUAUGAAGCAAUAAUUAUAUAUAUGUUUUUUUUUCUCCUAUCUUUUUCCCUUUCUCUCCUCUGCGAGGUAAACGAAAAAUCACACACACACACAAGAAACAAUCGGAAUGAGAAUAUAUGAGGGGGAUGUGCAAAAUAGAAAAAAAAAGAAUGAAAAAGAAACAAGCAGUGGAACAGUGUUAGUGGUGUAGAAUCGUGUCAAUAAAGUUUAAGUGCUACAUACAGUUCAAAACACAGUGAAAGAGAGAAAACAUUGUCUCGAAACAUUGGAGUCCAGAUAGGGGGAAAAACAUCUUAUUGAGAACGAAGUAUAGAAGAGUAUUACUGAGUAAGUAAACGCAUUUUUUUUCUUAUUCUGCUUUUUUUGGAAGAAAAUACUUCGAAUGUAUCCGUUUGGCAGAAGAACAAAAUAAGAGCAGCAUGUUCCAUUACUCAGUUUAGAUCUCUAAUGUCUCCUUUACUUAAGUUGAAUCGUUGCGCCAGUGCUUUCGAGUGCUUUUGAACAAAUCCACAACAGACGUCGUUUCACUCUACCGAAAUGUGCACGUUUUCCGUUUUCCGCAGCAUCAGCUGUGUAUGAGUUUGGGGAGUUUGUCUUAUUUAUUUACCAGAAUCAACAGAGCAAAACCAGCAAAAAAAUCGCAUUCUUUCCUUUUUGAUAACCUCUUUGAUUUGAUCUGAUUCAGUUGAUCAUGUUGCUUUAUCAUGUUCAUGUUUUUGAUCUUUACAGGGUUUUUCAGGAGUUCUCAUAGCUGUGGGACACCUUCUUGCGUGAAAUGAACUUAAUCGAAUGCGAAUUGCACUCUAUAGCACGCUUGUUGGAGAAAUCCUAUAGGAAUUUCCAAGGAGCCUGUCCAGAAAGGGUGCCAUACAGACCAAUUUCCAUUAAAUAAAUUUCACUUCCUAUAAGAAAGAGUCGUCCAACUAUGAGAACCGCUCACAUAGUACAGGGUAUAUAUAUAUAUAUAUGUGUGUGUAUGUGUGUGUGUCCCUUAUUCUUAUCUUGUUGUUAAGCAACACUUCUCUUUUCUCCUUAAACGCAACUUCUUUCCCGCACUGUUGACGCUAACGCAAAACUUAAAUAAGAGAUUCCAGCAAAAAAAAAAAAAA